AUGCCUUCUGCAAAGAAGACUCGCCAAGUGCUGCCUGAAGCUUCCGAGGCUCCCAAACCCGUUCGUGAGGAGGAUGCGGCCCUGCAAGAGUUGGAAGACUCUAAGGAUACUCCCGGUUUCGAAAUUGGAGACGAUAUUGUUGAAAAUGCAAGUACACAUGCCAGUGGUGAUGAGGAAGGGGAGGAAUCUUCCGAGACUGAGGACGAUUAUGAUUCGGACGACUCUGAUGAUGAGUAUACUCGGAACCGUAUAGGCAAAGUACCGCUGAAGUGGUAUCUCGACAACCAUGAUCAUAUUGGUUAUGAUAUCUCUGGAAAAAAGAUUGCACGCACUGUGAAGACUUCCGAGAUAGAUACUCUCUUGAGAGCG